AUGGCAGGCGGGGUCGGAGCCGUGCGGCUCGGAGGGCCCCGCGCUGCCAUCCCGAGAGUUUUCAGCCGGUCGGCAGUGUUGGCUGCUCUGUCGGUAUUGCCCUUUGCCUCGCGGAGCUUCGCCAACUCUGACCUGCUGCGGCUGCGGGCGCCGGCCCGGUUCCAAGCGCCCCAAAGGCGCUCAGUGGUGCGGUGGGCGGCCAACAGUGCUGCGAGUGCGAGCGCGGAACAGCGCCAGGAGUCGGCCCGCCGCCUGCUGCAGGACAUCGUCGGAGUCGUGAGUUCGGCGGGAAUCGAGGCCGGUGCCGUGCGGGGCCUGCAAGCGCUCCGGGCCACACUGCUUACGGCCGUGGAGGCCGCGCAGCAGAAUGAGCUCCAGGAGGCGCUGCUAGCGCUGCAGGGCCUUGCCCGGGGGGAGCGUGUGGAGGAUGCUCCGCUCGCCCGCCUCCUGCGGCGGCUCUUCCAGAGGCUGGGCAGCACGUACGUCAAGCUCGGGCAGUUCAUAGCGUCCUCACCUACGCUUUUUCCAGCGGCAUACGUCCGGGAGUUCCAGCGAUGCCUGGACCGCACAGAACCCACGAGCUUUGCAGCAAUCAGGCGGACAGUAGAGGCUGACCUGGGGCGCCCGCUGGGAGAAGUUUUCCUUUCCUUUGAGGAGGAGCCGCUUGCCUCGGCCUCUGUGGCCCAGGUGCAUUCAGCGGUGCUGCAAACUGGUGAGCAAGUAGCCGUGAAAGUGCAAAAGCCUGGAGUGGAGAAGGUCCUACAGGCCGACUUGGGCUUCCUGUUCCUCGCCGCACGGACGCUGGAGUUUCUGAGCCCAGACCUCGCCAGGACUUCGGUGGUCGACAUACUCUCAGAGAUACGUACAUCCAUGUUGGAUGAGUUGGACUUUACAAAGGAGCGUGACAAUGUCGAGACCUUCCGGCAGUUCUUGCGCCGCAAUGGCCUCGAGCGGAUCGCCACUGCCCCAAGGACCUUUCCAGAGGCAUCCGGCAAGAAGGUUCUCACUAUGGAGCUGUUUGCCGGCGUGCCCCUCACCGACCUCGAAGGGAUCCGCCAGUACAGCCGCAACCCAGAGCAGACAUUGAUCAACGCCUUGAAUGUUUGGUCGCUCUCGGUGAGGGCCUGCGAGAUCUUCCAUGCAGAUGUGCAUGCAGGAAACCUCCUUGUGCUGCAGGAUGGCCGUGUCGCCUUCAUCGACUUCGGCAUAGUCGGGCGCAUUCCGCCCAAGAUCUGGUCAGCCGUGGAAGGCCUCGUCCUGGCCUUUGCUGCCAACGAUGCACGCGGCAUGGCCCGGAACCUCAUCGCCAUGGGGGCCACCGACACUUCGGUGGAUGAGUCUGCCUUGGCCUCCGAUGUGGCCAGCGUGCUCUCAAGGAUUGCCGGUCUGGAGCCUGAGGUCGUGUUGCGAGGAGGAGGUGGUGGCCGCGUUGUAGCAGAGGUGGGGCUCGACAAUGAACAGGUCACUGAGCUCUUGCUCGAGGUCAUCCGAGUUGCGGACAGCAAUGGCCUGAAGCUGCCAAGAGAGUUUGCUCUGCUCGUGAAGCAGGCUUUGUACUUCGAUCGGUACACAAAGAUCCUGGCGCCAGCCAAGCCCCCUGAGUGUACCGCUGUGCCUUAA